UCCAUUUGAAGUCCACGAGACUAACCAGGAACUACGGAGAGGAUUCUUUCCUUCUUUUUAGUGGUGAAGGAAGGAUGGGGAAAAAGGAUGCAAGUUCUGUCAAGUUGCCGGUCGAUCAGUACCGUAAACAGAUCGGAAAACAGGAUUACAAGAAAACCAAGCCGGUGCUGCGAGCCACUCGGCUGAAGGCGGAGGCGAAGAGAAGUGCUCCGGGAAUCAGGGACAUCAUAUUGGUGAUUGUGGCUGUUCUGCUCUUCCUGCUGGGCGUCUAUGCAUUUUUCUACCUCAACCUGAGCACAGAGCUGGAUCUCGAUGUGGACAUGGAUUGAAGGACUUUUCUCACGUUCGCGCUCUCAGAGGAUUCUGGGUGUCUGGACCCACUCAUGAAGUGCCAGCAGUUUCAGAGUAUCACACAUUUCUCAUCUUUGUCCCUUCCAUGCCUUUUUAUACCAGCAGAAUGCGCAUGAAAGGAAAGAAGACGAGUCUUAAAAGUGCACAGAAGCAUGAAGCUACCUUAUUUUCGCAGUGUUUAUACAGAAUAACCUUUUCGAUUAUUAAUAAAGCUCCACAUGCCCCGCAGCUUUGA